CGUUACACCGGUAUGCCUUCAUAAAAUACAAGCCAACUGUUUACUACUCCGCUGAAGGGGAAAGCCUUGAACAGCAAGUUUGGAGUAAACGAAGGCAUCGUUAGGAUCCUACUCGGCGUUCUUAGAGAAUUGUACAGAAUCUGUUGAAKUAGUGCGUGGCAAAAACCACCAAGUUUUAAUACGGCGAUGGACAUGACGUUAUUUAUGUUGGAAAUUGUUUUCCUCAUUUUAUCCGGUGUUCAAGCUCAAACCCUCAAGGAAAAUCAUGUUCAUAUGUCUCAACAAGAAAGGGGAAGUAGGACUAAUGUAACAAUUACAAGAAGCAGUGGUUGUAAAGAGGGAAUUAAUCUAACGCAUUGUCGAUCGUCUGCAGAACAAGGCAAAAGUGUUCAAUCAAAAUCCAAUAAUGCUCCAGMAGCCAUACAAGGCGACCAACCAGAUAUACAAUUUUGUUACUGCAAUAAAUUUGCAACUAAAGGAAUGCAAUGCAAUCCUGACACUCCAUACAAGCCUUGUAAUUGUCUUCCAAACUUCACUGGGAGAAGAUGCCAGAGAUGUCUGCCAGGAUUCUACAACUUUCCCAGCUGUUUACGGUGUGGAUGUAAUUUAAAGACGACGACAAAGGAAGUUUGCAAYGAGAACGGCAAAUGUUUAUGUAAAAGCAAUUUUAAGGGAAACUCUUGUGACGAGUGUGAAGUCGGUUACUACAGUUACCCUCAGUGUACAGCUUGCGAUUGUAAAUCUGGUUUUGGUACAUGUGGCAAGUCUGGUGAAUGUAUAUGCUACAAGGGAUUUGCUGGUCGUAGUUGUGAUAAGUGUGCUCAAGGAUUUUAUGGAUUCCCUACAUGUCGUGAUUGCGCAUGUCAUUCCCAAGGCUCUCACAGUAGUCUAACAUGUCAUCAAGCUACCGGAAAAUGUCAAUGUAAAAUCAACGUUGUUGGUAAGAAGUGCGAUAGCUGUGCCAAAGGUCUGGUUGGAUUUCCCGAUUGUAAGCAGUGUAGUUGUAAUCCCAUCGGUACCAGGCCACGUCCUGGAGGUGGAACRACGUGCUUCGGCUUCGGAGAUAUGAGAUGUCUCUGCAAAGCAAAUGUCGAAGGCAAGACUUGUGACAGAUGUCGUUAUGGCUUCUACGACUUCAAUAAAGACAAUCCAGCGGCAUGUUCACCUUGCACAUGCUCAAACCGAGGAUCUGUAGCAGGAGUGCGAGGCUGUGACUUCACAUCCGGGACCUGCAGCUGCAAGAGCACUGUCAAAGGAACUAAAUGCGACACWUGYAAAAUUGGAACAUACGGGUUAAUGUCACGUGACCUGUUYGGCUGUAGAGAGUGUUCAUGCAAUCACGGAGGCUCUGUAAAUAGUAUAUGCAAUAAAAAGUCAGGACGAUGUAAAUGUCAACCUGGCGUAGAGGGAUCUUCGUGCGACAGAAUUGCAGCCUCAUCAAGRUCAUACUUUCCUACACUUUAUCAUAUUAAAACUGAGUUAGAGGAUGCUAUCGGCAAUGACGGGAUUCCUGUGUUGACUGGAUCAGAUCARUCAGCAUUCCCGUCGUUCUCYGGUAUUGGGUACGUAAUACCACCCAUAUACUUGUCAUUCUCCGUCGAUAUUGAAGUCCCCGUGACAAGCUCUUACCAAAUAAUAAUCAACUAUGCCCUGGAUGAAAAAGAUAUAACAACAACUGACAUAUC